UCACUGACAUCCGCCGUCGCAUGAUGACGUCGCCCAGCGGAAGUGCGGUCGGAUUCUCUCAGCUCCGCGGUUCUGUUUUCCUAAAUCCUUAUGAAUUCUCCUGCUCGUCUUUCCUUGACCUCGUGACGUUUCCCACCGAGGUCAAGGAAUAGUGAUUGGGAACAGAUGACAGGAGGGACUUUAGCGGAGCAGUGGACAAGAGUGUUUUUUGAAUGCAUUAGACGGACAGGUUUACACAGUAGAAUCUAAUCUCUGAUUCACACUCCGGAAGAGAAGAUGGCGGCAAUGCACCAAAUACACUUGUUCCCAACCGUCGUUAAAAAAGAAGAAGAAGAAGAAGAAGCGGAGCAGUGGAGCGGUAAAGAAACCAUGCCCAGUGAAAUUGAAAAGACAUGCCGUCUAUGCAAAGUAAACCUAGUAGUUAAGGGGGUCAUAACACAUUCAAAACUUUUAUACAGAUGCUCACAAGCGAAUGAGAGGUUAUUAACCGAACGUUUUAGAGAUGUCGGUGUCGUCCUCCCAUGUAGACCCGGCGUCUAUUCUGGGAGGAUUUGCAUGAAAUGUUUCAGACUGCUUGCCAGGGUUGAAGAAUCCCAAAACAUUUUAAAGAAAUGGCAGUCUGAGCAUAACGUGGUGGACAAAGAAGAAGAGGAAGGCCAAAGCACAGAGAAGAGGGACCGUGACACGCCAACGGAGACGCCAAGGAAAAAGAAGCUGUGUCUCCCGGCAUCUCGUGUCAGCACGACAGAGGUGUACAUCAAUUACCCCAGUAAGGUAAACCCAGAGAGGUACAGAUGUGACGCUGACAUUAGUGGCGUGAUAAAUAAUCUGGCAAAGGGCAAUUUCACCACGGCAGCCAGACUGAUGGUGCAGCAUGAGAGUCUCAUAGACGCGCUCAAGCCUGCAAUGGAGACAGUUAUUGACAAGGAGUGCCAGCGUCUUUGCCACCAAAGGGAGGGUUUCAUGCUGUGGAAGAGUUCCCCAGAAGAACUGAGGAAUUUCUCCUUACACAACCUUAGAAAGGAUUUGGAGCGGAUAGCACCAUUCAUGUUCUCUCUGAUCUGCACCAUAUCUGGAAUGCAACACAACCAUGCCUGUGCAGCUGCUGCCAUUGCCCUUCGAGGGAGGGAGAACCAUCUUUCAGCCUUUUCGUACUACAUCAACAGUGUACUGCAGUACGGUGGAGCCAAGAAAGCAGUCUUCGAACAACUAUGCAAGAUGGGGAUCACCACUACACAUGCCAGGGCUGUCCUCAAACAACAUGCCAUGUCAACACUCUGUGGAGAAGAGCUACAAAAUCAAAGAGAAUCAUGUUCCACUACCACAGCACAGGAGAGCAUAGGACAGCCAACUACUCCACAUCUCAGAGAUGCAAGCCUACUCAGUUGAGUGGGCGGGGUCUAUGGUCUGGAACCAGGCUAAUAUAUAAUCCCUACCAGUGGUACGUGCCCACAACACCUCAAACAGGAGGCGCCCAGGAAGAUACUGAUUUGAUGCCCGAACUACCUCAACUGACCCCUUUCAACACGAAGGAGCAGCGGCUCUACUCCGAACUCACUCCGGAUGUCCAAGCUCCUCCCCCUAUCGCUAAGGCUGAGCCCAGACACCCCACUGGGGAAACUCAUUUCCACUGCUUGUAUCCGGGACCUCAUUCGUUUGGUCACUACCCAGAGCUCAUGGCCAUAGGUGAGGGUUGGGACGUAGAUGGACCAGUAAAUCGAAAGCUC